GGAGGAAGAGGAAGAGGAGGCGGAGGAGGCCGGGCCAGCCAGCGGAAUGCUACGUGUCUCGAAAGUCCAUUUAAAGCCGCCUUCUUCGUUGUCGGUGACCGAAGCCAAACAUUUGGUCGCCUGACAACACGACGACCGAGCCCGGCACCACCAUCCGAGUCCCCGGGAGCAAAGCGGAGCCGGCCCCGUGUUGUGCAGCCCAUCGGCGGCGUCGCCUUCGUCAGAAUGUCCGGAGUGAAGAAGCCUCGUACGGACCUGAACAGGGCUACCAAUGUGGUCUACCAGGCCCACCACGUCAGUCGGAGCAAGCGAGGGCAGGUUGUGGGCACCCGGGGGGGAUUCAGAGGGUGCACCAUCUGGCUGACAGGUUUAUCUGGGGCGGGAAAAACCACCAUCAGCUUUGCCCUGGAAGAGUUCCUGGUGUCACAUGCCAUCCCAUGCUACUCCCUGGACGGGGACAACAUUCGUCACGGCCUGAACAAGAAUUUGGGCUUUUCCGCCGAAGACCGUGAGGAGAACAUCCGGCGCAUUGCUGAGGUGGCCCGGCUAUUUGCAGACGCCGGGCUCGUCUGCAUCACCAGUUUCAUCUCUCCCUUUGCCAAGGAUCGUAACGAGGCCAGGAAAAUACACGCAAGUGCUGGACUCCCCUUUUUCGAGAUCUUCAUCCACGCCCCCCUGGAGGUGUGUGAGAGCAGGGACGUCAAAGGACUCUACAAGAAGGCUCGUGCUGGCGAGAUUAAAGGCUUCACGGGGAUCGACUCGGACUACGAGCGCCCUGAGGAACCAGAGUUGGUCCUGAAGACGGGGAUGCUGUCGGUGAACGAGUGCGUCCAACAAGUGCUGGAGAUGCUGCGUGAGCAGAACAUUGUUCCCGCUGAGAUCAUGGAGGAGGUGAAUGAACUCUUUGUUCUGGAGAACAGGUUGAACCUGGCUGUGGCGGAUGCCAGCACACUGCCCACCAUCAGCAUCACCAAGGUGGACUUGCAGUGGGUGCAGGUUUUGGCCGAGGGCUGGGCGAGUCCUCUGAAGGGCUUCAUGAGAGAGCGAGAGUUCCUCCAGGUCUUGCACUUUGGCAACCUCUUGGACGGCGGCGCCAUCAACAUGUCCGUUCCCAUCGUCCUGCCCGUCGGCGUGGAGACCAAGAAAGAACUGGACGGCUGUGCGGCGCUAGCUCUGGAGUACCACGGCGCCCGUGUGGCAAUCCUGCGGAACCCUGAGUUCUUUGAGCACCGCAAGGAGGAACGCUGUGCCAGGCAGUGGGGAACCACCUGCCCACAGCACCCGUACAUCAAGAUGGUGAUGGAGGGCGGGGACUGGCUGGUGGGCGGGGACCUGGAGGUCCUGGAGCCCAUCCGAUGGAACGACGGACUGGACCAGUACCGCCUUACCCCGCGGGAGCUCAAGCAGAAGUUCAAAGACAUGAAAGCGGAUGCAGUAUUUGCCUUUCAGCUGCGCAACCCGGUCCACAACGGCCACGCCCUGCUGAUGCAGGACACCAAGCGCCGUCUGCUGGAGCGAGGCUACAAGAACCCCGUGCUCCUGCUGCACCCGCUGGGGGGCUGGACCAAGGACGACGACGUACCUCUGGACUGGCGCAUGAAGCAGCAUGCGGCCGUGCUGGACGAGGGCGUCCUGGACCCGGCCAGCACGGUUGUCGCCAUCUUCCCCUCGCCGAUGAUGUACGCCGGACCCACAGAGGUGCAGUGGCACUGCAGGGCCCGAAUGAUCGCCGGAGCCAACUUCUACAUCGUGGGCCGGGACCCGGCGGGCAUGCCGCAUCCGCAGACCAAGAAGGACCUUUAUGAACCCACGCACGGGGGCAAGGUCCUCACCAUGGCGCCGGGCCUCACCUCCGUGGAGAUCAUCCCCUUCAGGGUGGCCGCCUAUAACAAGUCCAAGAAGGCCAUGGACUUUUACCAGCCCGAGUGUCCUGCUGACUUUGAGUUCAUCUCCGGAACCAAGAUGAGGAAGCUGGCUCGCAGCGGAGAGAACCCGCCCGAUGGCUUCAUGGCCCCCAAGGCCUGGAAGGUGCUGGUGGAGUACUACACCUCCCUGCAAAAGGACCAGUAAAGAAUACACUGCCGCCAUGCCAUCUUUGCCAAAUGGAAGUACUUCCUCUGUGUUCCUCUCUACAGUCAUCCACCUCACCUCCUUACACCUCCUUACACCUCCUUACAUCUCCUUACACCAUUCAUACAGCACACCUAAGAACGGAUGAAUAUUCCUACAUUUAUACAUUCAUACAGCACACCUAUGAAUGGAUGAAUAUUCAUACAUUUAUACAUUCAUAAAGCUCACCUAGGAAUGGAUGAAUAUUCAUACAUUUAUACAUUUAUACCUUCAUAAAGCUCACGUAGGAACGGAUGAAUAUUCAUACAGCACACCUAUGAAUGGAUGAAUAUUCAUACAUUUAUACAUGUAUACCUUCAUAAAGCUCACGUAGGAACGGAUGAAUAUUCAUACGUUCCUACAUGUAUACCUUCAUAACAGCACACCUAUGAACAGACACACGCAUACUGUACAUCAUCAAGUAGCUCAGGUACUUGAAGGCAGCAUGCCAUUGAUUAUCUGGGGCACUUGAAGGCAGCACACCUCCAGGACAUCAUCUGUGUGGAGCGCAUGUGUGAGAAGCCGGAUUGAUGAAUUCCACACAUUUGUUGAAGUUCACCGAUGGAGGAGAUGAUCGGAGCAGCCUUCGUUCUUCCUAAGACUUGAGUGCCAUCAUGUCAUCACGUGGAGCCUCCCAGACAUGAAGUCUUUUUGGUUCUUCUGAAGAAGGUCCCAAGAUACCAUCUUGGUAUCCUGCCUGCUAUCAAGGGAAACGCUUGGAUUUGUCUCCUCUUUCUUCUCUUUGUCCAAACAAACAUCAUGGAAGCUGGAGCAGGCCUUGAUAUGAAGAACAACGUGAAGAACCAAGACUGUAAACGCCCCCACCCAGCUGUUGAUCCCAUAGCCAGUCUAUCCAUUUAGGUCCAGAAUGGCCGAUGCUCAUGCUCAUUGCUGAAGAUCAUUGACUGAUCAUUUAUUAUUAAGAUGAUUUAUCCAUUAUGAUUACAAUCAAACAGCAAGAUUUUACACCAAAUAUUUUACCAAGACAUAUUUGUACACACUGUAAGGAUCUGUACUGUCAAUUACACAAAUACUUUGACAAAUAAACAUCUAUCCAUCC